AUGGGAUUCAAUGGAUGGCAGCACGAUGGAAGAAUGCCUGGCAGUGCGGCUAUGCUGGUCAGGUUGGAUAACGGGCUUGAGAUGGCAAUUACUGUGAAUAAGGAAUACUCAGAACGCGACUUCUUCCAUGAAUUAGGUUACGUGCUCCAUCACAUUGGAAAUAACUACGAUUGGUGGGAUGAUGACGAAGAUCUUUUCCAAAGCCUUUGUGAAAAUCCCUGCUAA